GACAAUAAAAAAACAAAACUAAAAAACGCAAAUGUGAUUGAUCAAUCUUGAUUGAGCCCUAAACGCGGUGUCGGUUGGGAAUUUGCCUGCGGUUGUCCCCCCAUCCCAUUCUUCACCUUGUCCUUGCCACCUCUUAGCUGUUCUUUCCCCACUUGAACAAUAGUUAACCGUUUAGCCAAAAACCAAAACGUUACUCAACACUGUUUCGUCAAACUGUUCACGCACUGCCGCACACUGGAUGACGUACAGGCUACCAGGGAAACAACAAGGAUGAUUGGCGCACCGGAGCCAGCAACAUGCCUAUCAUGUCACCAUCUCCAUAUCUUCUCAGCCGAUUCACCAACAACGUACCGCUGCCCACGCUCUACGCCGGAGAUUCGGCAAGGAAACCAAAGCUCUCGGUGAUUGAACUCUUGCUCUACAACAUGGCAUCCCUGCUGGCCGGUGUCGCCGCUGGCUACGAUGUUAGGAUGUCCAAUGUGUCGCCGGUUCAUCCAACGCUGCUCAGCGAACUGCCGGCACUGAAGGCGGCCCCAAAGGCCAUUCUCGAGUCACAAGACGAGCAGGAGCAACAAGCGCUGCCCAUGGAGGAGCAAAGCGAGCAGCAGCUGGACACGGCACAGCGACACUUUAACCAGCAAGUGAAUCCAACAAGGUACUCUUCGUUGGAUGCCGUUCAGGUCAGCUCGAAGCCACAGAAUUUAGCACAGCGUCGCGUGGGCGGCAGUCAGACGUAUUACACGCCCGUGCAGCGCACACCACAGCAUCAACUUCAUCAACAGCAACAACAACAACAACAACUGGCAACAACAGGAGUUACGGGAGGAGUUGCUUCUGCAGUACCACCACAAACGGUGGCUGUGCUGUACGCCGGCUCACAGCCGCCGACACCCUCGCCACGCCGCAAGCUAAGCAGCAGCAGUUGCAACAAUGCUGCGGCAACCAACGAUGUCUUCGAGGAGUUUCGUGUGGGUGGCGGCAUUGGACCUCCUCCUCUCUAUGCACCAGCGGAUUAUUUGCGCAAUGGACCCAGUUACUCCAACGAUGGCGGUGGCUAUCGCAAUGGUUACUUCGGCUCGAAUUAUUUUCCAUAUCGGCCGGAGUUGAAUUUUGCGUAUGAGCGUGACUGUAAAUCGUAUCCGGAUUAUUCCUAUGACUAUAAUCAUCGGCUGCCCGACUACUAUGACUAUCAGUAUGAGGCACCAGUGCUGCCGCCGACUGUGGCUGUGGCAACACGCACACCGCCCCCGCGUGUGCCACAAAUGGGCGUGUCAGCGGGCGGACAUCGACGCACACCAUCAACCGUAUCGAAUAAUUCAAAUGUGCUGUUGGAGCAUGAGGAAUUGAUCUAUGAUUAUAAUAAUUUGAAUUUAAAUGUAAAUCUCAAUGUGGACUACGAGUGUAAAACAAAUGUGGCAACAACAGCAGCUGCCACAAUAACAGGAACAGGAACUGGAACAGGAACAGCAGCAACAACAGCGGUGGCAGCAACGCCGACAACACUUAGCAAACAGGAGCUAUAUGCGGGUUCACCGAAGCUCAUCAAUCGCAUGUUGCACAGUCCGUUGGCCCAGAGCAAAUAUGCGCCUGUGGCACGUCCAGUAAGUCUGCCCUUCGAGCAGCAUGCCUUUAGCUAUCAAAUGCCACAGCAACAACAACAACAACAACAGCAGCAGCAGCAGCAACAACAGUUGCAGUUGCAACAACAAUUGUUGCCACAGAGCAAAUUGCGCAGCUCAAUGAAAAAGUACAACAGCAGCAAUGUAAAUGGUGGCAGCAUCUCAUCACAGCAGGGCACGCCCACAAAUCCCACGCCUCCCGAUUCCUUAACUAGCGACGAUAGCUCCUAUCUGAGCGCCAAAGAAGGUUCCAUUGGAUCACAGCAUAGUCGGGUGCGUUUCAGCCCUGAGGCGUAUCUGGAUGCCAGCAAUUUGCCAGCGGGUAUUUUGGGACGCCGCAUGACGUCACCAGCAACACAUACAGCCCAGCAGCAGCAGCAGCUGCAGCUGCAACAGCAACAGAACCGACGUCAUCAUCGUCAUCACACAUCCAGUGCCAGCACACCGUCACCAUCCGCCUCAUCAUCCUCCUAGCAGGCGCGUUUAGCGCUGACCUUACAGUUGGCGCGGAGUCCGGGCGCGGACAUUGGUGCCGUUGGUGGCGCCUCCAGUUUGGCACUGGGAUUGGCGUUGCAUCAACAGCGGGUGCCAUAUCGUUGGUAUUCCGGUGCGAGGCGUUCACGUUCCGCACACUACGAGUAUCGACUCUGAAAUGAUGACAGAGACAGAAACAGAAACAGAGAGAGAGAGAGAGACAGAGCAACAAGUGGAGCGAGAGAGAGAGAGAGAGGACUUUAGCGAGUGCGAGUGGAAGAGCAGUCAGUUUUUUAAGUACAUUUUAUACCUCAAGCAUGCGUAAAUUAGAU